AUGUGCUUUUUAGGUCUUGUUGGGAUCUUUGCAAAUCAAGGUGGUGAUAGAUUAUCUUUAGAAGUUGUUUUGAAACAAGGUUGGAAUUUGAUAAAACUGCACUUUGAGGAUUGGAGAAAGCUGAAUAUAAUUGACAAGAAUGGAAACUUGAUUGUUCAGUCAAAGCAAAAGCUUUCAAGACAAAGCAACUUACAUCACCCACUUUUCUGGUUCCAUGACCUGAGUAAGCUUGCACAACCUCAAAGAUUACCAGUUGAUCUGGUGUACUAUCUCAAAGCAAAAUGGGAUAUGCAGAUACCAACCUCAAAGAUGGGUGUCAAUAACUUGGCUGCAUAUCAUUUAGAAAUCCAAUAUUUCCAUGAUGUGUAUAUGAAACCUAGUCAUGGUGGCUUUUAUGGAAGAGGAGAUAUCAGAAAUCUGGCAUUUAGAGGAGUAAAAUUGUUAGGAAAACACAUAACACCUGAGACCAGAAACUUUUCAACAUGGUAUAUAGUCUGCAAGAAACUGGCUGAGACUGCACAGUUUCAUUCACCUAUAGGAUUUGAUCUGUGUCAUGAGGUUCACAGUUUUUUUGUGUCAUUGAUUGAACACCUAUUGAACACUUACAAGGGAUUAUAUCAAUGUGAUAUAUCAUCUGCAGGAAAGACUCAAGGGGAAAAAAUAAAGGAUUUAUCUAUCUGUAAUCCCCAUGAUGAAAAUUUUGGAAGAAUUGUCCAAUCUAUCAGUUUGGCUGAGUACAGAGUGACUGUGGGUUUUAUAGGACUGGUGAGAGUACUUUACCAGAAGAAGAUCCAAGCUGAUACACUCAUCUUAUUACUGAAGAGUGCAUGGGAUUUCUUGAAAGGAAUAUUUUCAAAAUGGAAAGACCUCAAAUCUUAUAACAAUACUUUGGUAUAUGAUGGCAAGAAAAUCACGCAGAAUAAGUGGAAACUAGAUUAUUCAGAUCCUCAUGAAUUAUUCAAUGCAUUAUGGCAACAUGAAGAUUACCUAAGAAAUCCUAUACCACUUUAUUGUUUAAAAAGUCUUUUGAAGGCUUGGAACAAAGAGCUAGAGUUCCUACAAAAGUUACAUCCAAAUUCUUUCAAUUUUGUCAUCCAGGUCUUAUCUGCCAAGACACCAUUAGAUUACAAAAAAUUGUUGUGA